GUCAAAAACCUGAAAGUAAAGUGAUGUCAUAAACAUAAUUGAUCAUUAUAGGCGGUAUAAUUCUUUUUAGAAAUAAUUUGAACCAUGAUGAGUGACAGUCUUGCCACUAGUCCCGACUCGGCCAGGAAAGGGGUUAUCGUAGGCACUGGUGCGGCUUGCAGUAGCACUUCUUCGCCUGGAGGCUCACCGAGUCCGAGGACGAGAGCGCCGCCAAAUAAAGGUGCCCAACAGAGUCGUGGUCGUCAAAGAGCAGGUCAUGGUCGGAAUAAGCCUGAAGAUCCAGGAGGUACAACGAGCUCCUCCGGUGCCAGACGCGGUAGAAGUGCUAGAAGCAGUGGACGGAAUAGCAGCAGUAGCCAGCUUGUAGAACAUCAAAACACGUCAAAGAGAAAAAAAUCUAACAUUAUGGUCAGCUAUACCAUCAUUCUCGGCAUUUUGGUCCUCUUUUCCCUUGUAUUCUCCUUCUCGUGAAAUACAAGGUAAAAGGGGUCAAGAUGAGGGGACCGAGAUGCAUUCUAGCACACGCUAAAAAGAACAAAGAGAACAAUCCUGAAGACGGCGAAAAUGUUGUGCAUCGAAGCAAGCUCGCGUAUCAGGGAUUAUUGGCGUGUCCCGUAUGCUGGCAGCUGUUUCAGAACUAUCAGGACUUGGAUGAAGACGAACAACUGAGACGUACAGCGAAUAAUCCACUGCGGUCACCUUUUGUUAUGGGCCAUUGGUUGCUAAAAGCUGCUUAGCAGCAAUAACAACUACAGUUCGUUGCGUCGUCUACGUGCUCGUAAUAAAAGUAUAGUAAGUAAUUAUCUAAUAGUUGUGAACAGCAUUAUCUAAUAGUUGUGAUCUGUCUAUGAUGCUUCUGGGAGCGCAACAAUAAGAGAAUGAUGACAGACAUUUGAUAAAGUGACUAUCCUAGUAUAGACACUUUUCGAACUUCCAUAUCAGUCUGAAUCUUAUAAAACUUAUGUAACUAACCUCAUCCCAUAGCAGGACUUAUUCCCCUUUGUUCUCUUUUCAAGGUGUGCUGCAAAUCUUGAUUGGCUUUCACCCUUUGGUGAAGGUUUAGGCCCUGCGGCGCUCAAAGCACUAAGUAAAACAACCGGUUAGUUUUCACCUUGAUCACAAACGUAGACUUAUCCCGUGCAACAAUAGUUGUGAAUAGGUGCUUGUUUUACUAAAAGUAAGUUGUAUGGUUCUGGUAUUUGGUAACCUGAAUUGGAUCCUAAGGGUUCUCUUCUUGUUUUCCCUUAUGAUCAAAUUCAGGUUACCAAAUACCGGAAGCAUCCAUAAGUUGUAAUUAAAUCAAUUUCAUAGUGAUGAUUUUUGUGUUUGGAGCACAUCAACUACAAGUUCCUUGUGCCAGCAUAAUAUGUUGCGGCCUCUGUCAAGGUAAUGAAAGUGAACCGAAAAAACGUCAGCGUCGACUACAACAAGAACGUUCUCCUCUUCUAACUCUUCCCGCCUUCUACGCCGCGAGCAGGACGAACGAAAAGAUGCGCAGUGUAGUCGCGUCCUUUGCGACUAUCAUGCGGAUGCGAAGAGGAAGUACGACAUCCACCUGCAUCGUCAAAAGCUAGAAGGUGCUGGAAAACGAUUGUCACAGAAAGAACUGAAACAAAUGUACACAUUUUUCUUUACAGGUUCAUUUUGUUCAUCUACUCCCGCUGUUGUAAGUUCCUUGUCCUCGUUUGUCCGUCUCUAGUGCGUAGUACCUAUGUAUUAAGCUUCUUGAUGUCAAGAAGCUAUACCGUUUUCCCAACACUCAAAACAGCGGACGGCUGACCGCAUCAGCCAAUUCGAACCCUGGUAAAUUCGUCCAGCAGGUCGAAAGCUACGUCCAUUUCCGCUUUCGAAAAAUGUUGCAGGAGGUCGAAGGCUCUCUUAGUUUGGACAGUGAGACUUACAAGCAGCAGUGGUACAACGAACUCCUUGAGACGAGGAAGAAGGUGCAGAAGCAAGUAUCGGAAAUAGGCCAGCAGUGGGUGGAUGUUUUAGAAGAAGGAAAAAAAGAAGUAAAGGAAUCCCUUUCGAAGAGGAAGAUGCAUUUCUCAGCUGCCACGUUGGAAAUGUUCGCUUUAGAAGAAACGCUAGCGAAACACCACGAUUACGAUUCUCUCGAUCGGUUGCAUAAACUUGCUGAAGCGGAAGAAAGAUCCCAACUCUACGUGUUCAAGAAGAAGCAAGCUUUGGGGGAGCAAAGGCAGAUUGCGUUUUUGAAUCACAAGAUCCAGACAAGCUUUUCAGCCCAGAGGGAUCGCUUGUAUGGGCGGAUUCGGCGUGUAGCAGUAGAAAACCAAGAGAAAGAGUUGAAAAUCGAUCGUCGAAUCCAAGUGGUUGUGCAGAGACUGAAAGUAGAGCAAUCACGCGAAAUCGCUACCAUUCGAAGGAUAUUUCAAGAGCAUUGUUGCAGAGUAGAACACUUUGUCUCUGGCGCGCCUAACAAACGCGGUGAGCAGUUCACGCCUUUUGCUGCAUUGAAUAUGGCGGACGAAGACGACGAGGAGAAUAAAGAGGCACAAGUAUAGGAAUGUUCGAAUAAUUUGAUUCACUUGAUGCCCUUUUUGUUGACGAAAUCUUAACUGAGUGAUCAUCGAUCAUCUUAUACUUACAUAGUACAACAACUCUUGCUACAGGAGCUACCGCUACAUCAGUCAUGCCAUUGGACGAAGAAUUGACUUCUCUCCUUUCCCUCUUGCACACCGGCACCUCUCAAUUCAGGAACAGCCAGAAAAGAAGCCUAAGCAUGGCGCACUAAAACUCUAUGAGCCGAAGAAAUUCAAGCCCUUCCUUGGGAGUGCAGAAGAACAAGGCAGAGAGGCGCCGCCUUUCGAUCCGAGUGCGAUAUUCGAGUUUGCUAGUAAACUCCUCUGCGAAGAGAUGAGGAUUCUAGAACACAGGAAAAUAUCCUUGCCGGAUACAGUCAAUUAUAAUAUGGAGACUCCUGGGGGUGGUGCAGUGCAAGCGUCUGGUAGAGGCGGGCAAGGACAAGGGACAGCUAGAUCAGGAUCUACAGCAGAUCCUAUGACUUCUACGCAGAAAAAGCGUCCACGCUCAGUUUCAAGCACAGUCGGAAAAAUGAUGCGCGAAAAACGUACCAGCAUACUUUCUAUUUCUAAAGUAAAUCAAGCAAAAAGUAGUUGUAGUUCGACGUUGCUAAAUCAACAAGACAUUUUUAGUGCCUGUACUUCUGCUUUAAUAAAGGCAAAACAAAAGUAGAGGAAUAUAACAAUCACAAUCUUCAUUCAAAUUACCUAUAAUCUCAUCAUCAUCAUCAUCAUCAUCAUCAUCAUCAGCGUCAUUUUUUCACCUCCUCUUUACAACUCAUUAGGUGAAGGCUACGACCCCAUUCUAAACGCGUACAACGAGAAACUCAUGGAAGAGUUGAGGCAAAGCCGGGACGCUCGUGGGCAUCGAAGGGAGCAGAGGAGACCGCUUAGUGCAGCUAGGCCUGAUACCAAAGUCGUCCGCAAUCAAGAAGGGGAUCUAUUUUCAACAACUUAUACCGAGCUCUUCACGAAGAAAGACGUCUACAUAGCACAGCCGAAUCCACCAGCUCUUGGCAAUCGGCCUGAAUGUGCAGCAUGCGGAAAGUAUCUCGAUCUUCAGAGUAAAGGAGCGAAAAAUGCAGCUUUGCCUGCAACUUAUGGCUCUGGCUUUUGUCCAUUUGUUACUUUUUUCCCCUGUCAGUCUAGAUCUACUACUAGAUCUAGAAGUUUUUUUUAGAUCUAGAAGAACAAGAGUGAAGCAUUCUGAUGGACCUUUACUCGUCUACCUUCUCCCUCCAUCUCUAACCCACCGGCGCAAGAAACGCUGCACCAUCAGGAACUACGCGCGUUUGCGUCUUGCAGGAUGUCGUGAAUGCAGAGCGAGGAAUCUUGAGACCGGUCGUCAAAUGCUGUAGUUGGGAGUGCUGUCGAGAGUGGAACGACAGAUAUUCGCCACCCUUUCUACGCUUGUACCGAGAAGCCUUCAUCGACGAACGGGAUGAUGAUAAGGAGUUCAUUAUCGCGGCUGGUAGUGGAGGUGCAGGUGGGAUGAAGAAGAAUGAUGGAGCACGAGCAGGUGCUUCUGGAGGUUCUGAACAGCAGGAGAAAGAAGAUCCAACAGGUGCUAAAGCGGGUAGUAACCCAACAUCUAGUGCAAGUGCUUCCGGUGGUGCGACGACAGGAGGUGAAGAUCAGGGUGAAGGCGAUGCCGAAGAACCGAAGGCGGAAGACCUACCUGAGAGCUUAACAGACCGACAUGGAAACACGAUAAAACCAGGAGGACCGCCUGAAGGGGAGUUUGGGGCAAAUUUAAUGGAACCAGACGGCGGAGAAAAAAAUGCAGGUGGAGAUGAAAAUGCAGAGGGUCAAGAAGGUACUGGUGGUGAAGGUGAGCAGGAGGAAGAAGAAGAGGAAGAUGAUGGGGAAGAAGAAGAGGGGGAAGAAGAUGAAGAAUGACAGUCGUCUCGACGUAUUUUUUUGCUUUACGACGACCGACGGCCAGUUCCUUUUGCAUCUUCGACGGACGUAUUCCAGUAUUCCACUUUCAAACUUACGUUGAUCCACUCUUAUUCAACAUUCAUGAUUUAUCGAGAACUUUACCAUUUUUCAUGCUGUCAUUGAUUCGAAAUUUCAACGUAGAAAACAAACGCGGGUUACAACGAGAAGUAAAUAUUCACGGUGAUGCUGCAAUCAAAAAGUUGAAAAGUCAUUCUGGUCGACGCAAAAAGUUUCUCAAAAACGUCUAUAAUUUCACUUUCUUUUUACCCUAUGCAAAUCAAAAUGCCUCAGUCAUGCAAAAGAUUUCACACACUGCAAAGAAAAGUUCACAAUGAUGCCUCGAACAAGUAAUGAGCAUGAAAAGAACUCGGC